GAGGUGCUCACACAUAAGUACACACCUCUUUCAUGCAGAGACGAUAGACAGUUUGCCACAGACAGCUUGUCUCACACUAGAACCUGCACCAUGAGCUGUGACCAGAGCUGUCCCUUCCCACAGGUGUUCCUUGUGGAUGGAGCUGGAAAUUCGCAGCCCUCCGCGCAACCUCCGAGUCUUGUACCCUGCUGGCCGUACCCACCUGCGCAGGGGAGAGUGAGGAGCCGUGAGAAGAGUCGGGGCUUCAUGGGAGUCAGCCCCUCUCUGGCCAUGAUCGUGCUGUUGCUGUUCCUGCUUGUGUUUGCAGCCCUGGGAUUUGAAGCCUAUCAGAUUUACAACAUGCAGACAGAGCUGAGAGGGAUGAGACAGGAUGAACCAGGGACAGAGUUUGGUACUGCUCAGAAGCAGAUUGGUACCUAUGAGCCUGAGUUGCAAGGACAAGAUGAAGACAACAGACCUGCAGCACAUGUGAUAGGGCGGAUAGAAACAAAGGUGUUCCCCAAGACUUUGCGAUGGGAGCCAAAGGUAGGCCGGGCGUUUGUAUCUGGAGGAGUGACCUACCGGGUUGAAGACGGUGGCCUGCACGUCAACGAGAGCGGACUGUACCACGUUUACUCUCGAGUGGAGCUGAUCUUUAAGCACUGUUCCCCGACAUCCUCGUUUGUUCACUCUGUGUUUGUGAGGAGAACAGGGCUUUCCUCACCUGUGACCCUGAUGGAGGCCCACAGAGCAGGUUUCUGCUCUCAGCAGCACGGUCACGCCUGGACCGCAGAGAGUUACCUCGGCUCUGCCCUGAAGCUGCAGAAAUACGACACCGUUUUUGUGAAUGUUUCACAUCCUUUGUAUCUUAGUCACGCACAUUAUGCCAAUUUCUUUGGUCUCUACAAGAUAUGAAGAAUUUGGGGCAAUGGGCUUUGUGUUUCAACGUUCUGUUCAAAUGAAAGAAAGUGAACGGCUCAUAAUGUCUCAGGCAGGAGUGAAUCUUAGUCAUCACGUUACCCAACCGAUUCCUAUGUUGAAUGUUGUUCCUGUGACACAUAAUAACUGCAGAUUAGCAUAAUAUAAUGUUAAAACACAGGGAAAAUAUUGCACACUCUCUUUAUACCGUUUAAAUUAGUGGUUAAUUGAAACGAUUUCCACACCUAUUUAUAAACAAACAUUGUGCCUUUUGUCAAUGUUGAGAGAGACAGUUAACACUAAGAUACUGAUUUAGUUGUAGCGAUUUUAAAAUAUUUAUUCUGGUGUGGAUCUGACACUUAUGAUGUCUAAAUGUGUGGUUAUGAAUCAGAAAAUGUAUUUUUAUAUGUGUUUUUAUGAUGAUUAUAUGAUGUUUUGAAGUAAAUAAAGAGAUCAUUUAAGUUGAUUUACAUCAAACAAACAAGGAAGUGCUUUGUCA